CAGAAGGUUAAGCCCUCCCCACCCUUCUCCCCUACCACGCCUCCCACCCAGGCCACCUCACUUCCUUUUCCUCCUCAGCACCAAUACACACUAACAGUGCAGGCUGAGAAAGUAGCCAGACCCAGCGUAGCUGACCGUGGGCCCAGCUUGUUCUGGCCGGCCUGGUCAGCCUCCAGAGUAUGGUCUGGCUGAGGCCCUCUUUGCUGCUCCCCAUUCUCUUCCUGGCUUCUCAUGUUGGCGCGGCUGUGGACCUGACGCUGCUGGCCGACCUGCGUCUCACCGAGCCCCAGCGUUUCUUCCUGACCUGCGUGUCCGGGGAGGCUGGCGCGGGCCGCGGCUCGGACGCCUGGGGCCCACCGCUGUUGCUGGAGAAGGACGAUCGCAUCGUGCGCACGCCGCCGCCCAGGCAGCGCCCGCGCCCGGCCCGCAACGGCUCGCACCAGCUCACGCUGCGCGGCUUCUCACAGCCCUCCGACCUCGUGGGCGUCUUCUCCUGCGUGGGGGGCGCGGGGGCGCAGCGCACUCGUGUCGUCUACGUGCACAACAGCCCAGGAGCUCACCUGCACCCUGACAAGGUCACCUACACAGUGAACAAAGGCGACACAGCUGUGCUCUCCGCACGUGUGCGGAAGGAGAAGCAGACAGACGUGAUCUGGAAGAGCAACGGAUCCUACUUCUAUACCCUGGACUGGCAUGAGGCCCAGGAUGGGCGGUUCCUUCUGAAGCUCCCAAAUGUGCAGCCACCAUCGAGUGGCAUCUACAGUGCCACCUACCUGGAAGCCAGCCCACUGGGCAGCGCCUUCUUUCGGCUCAUCGUGAGGGGCUGUGGGGCUGGGCGCUGGGGACCAGACUGUGCCAAGGAAUGCCCAGGCUGCCUGCAUGGAGGUGUCUGCCAUGACCAGGAUGGCGAGUGUGUGUGCCCCCCUGGAUUCACUGGAACCCGCUGUGAGCAGGCUUGCAGAGAGGGCCGUUUUGGGCAGAGCUGCCAGGAGCAGUGCCCAGGCACCUCAGGCUGCCGGGGCCUCACCUUCUGCCUCCCUGACCCCUAUGGCUGUUCUUGUGGAUCCGGCUGGAGGGGAAGCCAGUGCCAGGAAGCCUGUGCCCCUGGCCAUUUUGGGGCCGAUUGCCGCCUCCAGUGCCAGUGUCAGAAUGGGGGCACCUGUGACCGCUUCAGUGGCUGUGUCUGCCCCUCCGGGUGGCAUGGAGUGCACUGUGAGAAGUCAGACCGGAUCCCCCAGAUCCUUGAUGUGGCCUCAGACCUGGAGUUCAACUUAAGGACGAAACCCCGGAUCUACUGUGCAGCUGCAGGGAACCCCUUCCCAGUCCGGGGCAGCAUGGAGCUCCGCAAGCCAGAUGGCACUGUGCUUCUGUCCACCAAGUCCAUCGUGGAGCCAGACAGGACCACAGCCGAGUUCGAGGUGUCCAACGUGACUCUUGCGGACAGUGGGCUCUGGGAGUGCCGCGUGUCAACGUCCGGUGGCCAAGACAGCCGGCGCUUCAAGGUCAGCAUCAAAGCUCCCCCAGUGCCCCUGACUGCUCCCCGGCUCCUGGCCAAGCAGAGUCGCCAGCUUGUGGUCUCCCCGCUGUCCUCCUUCUCUGGGGACGGGCCCAUCACCUCUGUCCGCCUGCACUACCGGCCCCAAGACAGCACCAUGGACUGGUCUGCCAUCGUGGUGGACCCCAGCGAGAAUGUAACUCUAAUGAACCUGAGGCCGAAGACAGGGUACAGUGUCCGCGUGCAGCUGAGCAGGCCAGGGGAAGGUGGCGAGGGGGACCCGGGGCCUCCCACCCUCAUGACCACAGACUGUCCUGAGCCCUUGCUGCAGCCGUGGCUGGAGGGCUGGCACGUGGAGGGCCCUGACCGCUUGCGAGUGAGCUGGUCCUUACCCUCGGUGCCUGGGCCACUGGUGGGCGAUGGUUUCCUGCUGCGCCUGUGGGACGGGACACGGGGACAGGAGCGGCGGGAGAACGUGUCGUCCCCCCAGGCCCGCACCGCCCUCCUGACUGGACUCACGCCUGGCACCAGCUACCAGCUGGAUGUGCGGCUCUACCACUGCGCCCUCCUGGGCCCGGCCUCGCCCCCCGCACGCGUGCUCCUGCCGCCCAGCGGCCCCCCCGCCCCCCGACACCUCCAUGCACAGGCCCUCUCAGACUCCGAGAUCCAACUGACAUGGCAGCGGCCGGAGACUCCGGCUGGGCCCAUAGCCAAGUACAUCGUGGAGGUGCAGGUGGCUGGGGGUUCAGGAGACCCACUGUGGAUAGACGUGGACAGGCCAGAAGAGACCAGCACCAUCGUCCGUCACCUUAACGCCAGCACGCACUACCUGUUCCGGGUGCGGGCCAGUGUCCAGGGGCCCGGCGACUGGAGCAACGUGGUAGAGGAGUCCACCCUGGGCAAUGGGCUUCAGAGCGAGGGCCCCGUGCAGGAGAUCCGGGCGGCUGAAGAAGGCCUAGAUCACCAGCUGAUACUGGCGGUGGUGGGUUCUGUGUCUGCCACCUGCCUCACCAUCCUGGCCGCCCUCCUGACCCUUGUGUGCAUCCGCCGGAGCUGCCUGCAUCGCAGACGCACCUUCACCUACCAGUCAGGCUCGGGUGAAGAGACCAUCCUGCAGUUCAGCUCAGGAACCCUGACGCUGACCCGGCGGCCCAAACCACAGCCCGAGCCCCUGAGUUACCCCGUGUUGGAAUGGGAGGACAUCACCUUCGAGGACCUCAUUGGGGAGGGCAACUUCGGCCAGGUCAUUCGGGCCAUGAUCAAGAAGGACGGACUCAAGAUGAACGCGGCCAUCAAGAUGCUGAAAGAAUAUGCCUCUGAAAAUGACCAUCGUGACUUUGCCGGAGAACUGGAAGUUCUGUGCAAAUUGGGGCAUCACCCCAACAUCAUAAACCUCUUGGGGGCCUGUGAGAACCGAGGUUACCUGUAUAUCGCCAUUGAAUAUGCCCCCUACGGGAACCUGCUGGAUUUUCUCCGGAAGAGCCGGGUCCUAGAAACAGAUCCGGCUUUUGCCCGAGAACAUGGAACAGCCUCCACCCUCAGCUCCAGGCAGCUGCUGCGUUUUGCCAGCGACGCUGCCAACGGCAUGCAGUACCUGAGUGAGAAGCAGUUCAUCCAUAGGGACCUGGCUGCCCGGAAUGUGCUGGUUGGAGAGAACCUGGCCUCCAAGAUUGCAGACUUUGGCCUUUCUCGUGGGGAGGAGGUUUAUGUGAAGAAGACAAUGGGGCGGCUCCCAGUGCGCUGGAUGGCCAUCGAGUCUCUGAACUACAGUGUCUAUACCACCAAGAGUGACGUGUGGUCCUUUGGGGUCCUCCUCUGGGAAAUCGUGAGUCUUGGAGGCACACCCUAUUGCGGCAUGACCUGCGCUGAACUCUAUGAGAAGCUGCCUCAGGGCUACCGCAUGGAACAGCCUCGGAACUGUGAUGACGAAGUGUACGAGCUGAUGCGUCAGUGCUGGCGGGACCGUCCGUACGAGCGACCUCCCUUUGCUCAGAUCGCACUGCAGCUGGGCCGAAUGCUGGAAGCCAGGAAGGCCUAUGUGAACAUGUCGCUGUUUGAGAAUUUCACUUACGCGGGCAUUGACGCUACAGCUGAGGAGGGCUGAGCUGCCAUUCCGUCAGAAGCUGGCUCUGCUGGCCAGAGCAGACCCCACGCGCCAACCUGUGAUUUCUGAUCCUUGGAGCCUCUGACCUGGGCUGCCUCGGGAAUGUUUUUUUAACUUAGGGAAGAAAAGAGGGGACUGGGGAGGGGGUUGUGUAGGGGAGUUGGGUCCUCAUCCUUUGCAGCUGCCCCUGCAUCCUGCAUUUACUUGCCCCACUACCCUUCACACCCUUCCCUCUAGUUGACUGUUCCUCUUCUGCUACCCCCACACUCAGACCCUACUUCAGUGCCUCACCCAAGCCAACACUAACAAACCCUAUUCAGCUACUCCUGCCCUGGCCUUGUAGCCAGAACAAAUAAAUGUUCUGAGGAGCUCUA